CUCAUAGCGCACGAGUUGUUAAACUUUAUACUUAUAAGUGAAACUUUUCAAAUAAAGCGCGCAUAAUUAUUGAUGGUACAAUUAUAGUCGAUACUGCAGAUUCUACAUUUACCGGUUAUACCUGAGUAUGACAUCAAGUGUCAUGGGGGAAUUAUCAUAGAAUUUGAGGUUAUAAUUAGUUUUCUGGGGGCCCCGUACGUAACAACAGUUUUAAGUUAUUUAAGUUUGUGUUAUGUUGCCGACGACGGGAUAUUUUAAAGAUAUCGAUUGUCCAUAUUAUGAUUCCGUGUGUGGACGGCCCUAUUGCCAUUUCCGGCACCGGAAAAAGAACGAACAGGAAACGGCGAAUAAGCAAACCGCAAAAGCAAGUAGUCAGGUGCCUACAUACAAACCAACACCAAAAAGUGAAUUGGCAAAUUCCACUAAAAGCCAUAUACCCAUUAGCUAUGUACCAGAUCUGGUGGUGAGAUCUGACAGACCAUUCAGGCCUGUACGUUCCUUUUCCAUUGAAAAACCUACAUAUAAACCAACCCCACUGAGUGUUUUAGCAACAACAAAUACUACAACCAGCCUCUGUGACUAUAACCCCCCCGAUAGUGACAAAGAUGAAGAUAAUAAGGCUGAAGAUGAAGCAAACAUAGACAAGCCUGUUGAUACAGUCCCAGAAUCAUUGCCUGAACACAAAGAAACUACUAGUUCAGAGAAAAGCAAUGACACUUGUGAUAAUGAGAAAGUUAAUGUGGAUGAUAAGGAAAAAGUAAAGUGCGAUCAAACAGAGAAGAGAAGUGAGAAAAAGAAAAAUGAGGAGAGCCACAGGAAAGAUAAGUAUGGUCGAAGCAGUAGUAGUCACAGCAAAAGUAAACAUCGGGACAAAGAGAAAAGUAGCAGUUCAAGUAGUAGCAGUAGUAAAGAUAAGAAAAAGGAAAAAGAAGACAGCAAGAAAGAACACAGAAGACACAGUGAUGAUAAAAAACACAAAAGCAAACAUAGAGAAAAGGAUGAUAAAAAAUCUGACAAAGAAAAGAAAAGAAGUAGAGAUGAUGACAAUAAAAAGAAUAAAGAUAGUAAACACAGGGAAAAGCAUAGCAAUAAAAAGGAAGUAGUAUUUGAAAAGAAAAAAGAAACUGAAACUGUUUUUGAAGACCUGCCAGAUGAUGAUUAUGACGACGAUUUGUCAAUUGAAGCAGAGUGUUUAAGAAUAUUUACAGAAUACAAGCCUACCCAGCCCGAAAUAUUUCCGGAGUCUUCAAAGCCCAUCGCUAAGGAUGAAACAGAAUACGAACCGUACAUUCCGACGUCGAAAAAACGAAUUGCUUAUGGUAAUGCAGAGCAAUCGACUUCCACGAGACCAACACAUAGACCCAAAAAUAUUGCGAAUGCAGCAAACGUUAUGGCUAACCGUUUCAAAAUGGCAAGACAAUCUCAGGCUAAUAAUGAACAAAAUAACAUUAUUAAUGAAAUGAAAACCACUGCAUUGAGGCGACCCAUGGAAACUGCAGCGAAGGAUGCACCGCCAAAGAAAAUUGCAAAAAUUGAACCAACUCCGGAAUCUAAUGGACAAUGUUUGAUCGAUGAUAUUUUAUCGGGAAAAUCAACUGCAUCGAAGCCAAGGAGGAUUGCUCCAGUACAAAAUGUAAUGUCCAUACAAAGAGCGAAAGCUAAAUUGGAUGAAAUUGCAAAGCAGAAGGCUGUCGCAUCGUUUAAAACGGUAUCGCAUACAAUUGGUAAAGGCUCAAAGAGAGUAGCGCAUGUACCGGAAGCUUCGCUUAAUGAUUUACCUGAUGUUAUACAUGCAGACCGCUCUAAAUUGCCAGUAAACGUACGUUCAAGAUAUUUAACAAUGUUUGGGGAAGAAUGUGUUAAAUUAUAUGUAUCAAAAGAGGACGCCUAUCAAAGAGCGUUAAAUGAAGAACUGAAAUGCUAUGAGCGGUGUUCCACUCUGGCGACAUAUAGAAAUUCGGCAAUGUUGUCAGUAAAUAGGGUAAAGAAGGAGCUGCAGGAAAGAGAUAAAAAUGGUCUAGGACCAAUACAAAGUGACGAAUCAAGCAAUAAAGAAGAGGAUGGGCCCAUGCAUGGUAGACGAUUCUAUCAGAGCAUAACUCCUUUUAUAUUGACUGAAGAAGAUUUAACUCUUCAUGGGUAUCCAAGAGAAGGUGAUAUACCAGGAAACGCUGUGAUCAACAAAGAGCAGAAAUCUAGUGCCUACGAUAAUAUAGGAGAAAACGAGAGAGUGUGUUGUAGAUGUCAUAAAUUAUAUUUUAUUGAUGACGAUGGUUUCCCAGUUACUGAAGAAGAGUGCAAUUACCAUCCAUUGAGAAAACGAACAUUACGCGGAGAGCGAAAAUAUUUGUGUUGCAAAAGCACGGAUGAUAUUGGAUGCAUGAUAUCCAAUACUCACGUAAGUGAAGCUUCUACGGACAGAGAACUGGAAGGCUACCAAUCCACAAUGCAGCCAGAUAGCGAAAACGACCCCAGAAGCAUCGGGGUUUAUGCAUUGGAUUGCGAGAUGUGCUACACCACCAAAGGACUCGAAUUGACGAGAGUGACGAUUGUCGAUACGCAUUUACGUACCGUCUACGAAUCAUUUGUGAAGCCGCUGAAUCCGAUCAUCGAUUAUAAUACUCGCUUUUCUGGAAUAACCAAGGAUCAGAUGGACAAGACCAGUACCAGUAUCUUGCAGGUUCAAGCCAAUAUUUUGCAUCUGUGCAAUUCAAAAACCAUCCUCAUCGGACAUUCUCUGGAAUCGGAUAUGAAGGCGUUGAAGAUAAUACACAGCACCAUCAUCGAUACGUCCGUCAUGUUUCCGCACAAAUUCGGCCUUCCUCAUAAAAGAGCGCUUCGCGUUUUGGCCAGUGAAUAUUUAAAGAAAAUUAUACAGAACGACGUCGGAGGCCACGACAGUGCAGAGGAUGCACUUUCUUGCAUGGAAUUACUCAUUUGGCGAGUGAAGGAGGACGCCAAACUGAAGGGCAUCAAAGUAUAAUACUUAUGUGUAUUAAUAAUUAAUACUUUAUGUUAACUUAAAUUAUUUUACUGUGUAAAGAACAAAUAAAAUAAAUAUUAUUUUUAAUAGUAACUUUUGUAUGAUCAUUUCAACUAACAGAACAGAAGAUUCAUAAUCAAUUU